CGAUGUUGCCGCCGCCGUCGCUCGUUCGCUAUGAGGAGCCCACGAUGGCAGAAACGCCUCUUGAGGGGAAGAAGCCCAAUGCACAGAACUCUACGACUGAAGAUAUCUUGAACUCUAUUCUCCCCCCAAGGGAGUGGAAUGACGAUGGGAAGCAUUACAUUCAGUACGUGUCUAGCACGCCGGCAACUCGUUUGGAUGUCAUAAACUUGCAGGAGGAGUUGGACAAGAGAUUGCAGCAGCGCCAAGCGCGCGAAACAGGAAUCUGCCCAGUCCGCGAAGAACUCUAUAGUCAAACCUUCGAUGAACUUAUCAGACAGGUCACCAUUAAUUGUGCCGAGCGCGGUUUGCUGCUAUUACGCGUGCGAGACGAGAUUCGCAUGACGAUCGCGGCCUAUCAGACCCUUUAUGAGAGCAGCGUUGCAUUUGGAAUGAGAAAGGCGCUACAAGCUGAACAAGGCAAGUCGGACCUGGAGAACAGGAUAGUGCAGCUGGAGAGCGAGAAGAAGGAUUUAGAGAGACAAAUCCAGGAUCUGAAGGCGAAAUGUGAGGCGAUAGAGAAGAGAGAGAGCGAGAGGCGACAGCUCGACGAGAAGAAGCAUGCUGAAGAGGUCCAAUUCUUGCGGAGAUCCAAUCAGCAACUCAAACAACAGCUGGAGAGCAUAUUGACCUCAAGCGCAGCCAACGCCAAGAAGUAGAUUGGUCGUGUGACUGCUCCUUAAUAUGCCUCUGGUUUAUAAUUCUGGAUCGCAACGCUGAUAGUCCUUGCACACUGUAAAGAAGCAGAUCUUGGCCUGUUAAAUUUUUUAAUGCAUUAUUCAAGCGAGAGAUUGUUCGUAAAAAUAGUAAGCUAC